ACCGUGCCAUUCCAGUAGUGUGCCCAGAGCGGGUGGUUUUUCCUGUCAUUCCUCCGUGUGGAGCAGCCAAUAAGCGUGCACCUCAACAGCCCAGACCGGAAAAAGGAAGCUCAAACAGAAAAGACCGCCGUGAUUAAAAGUGGAGACGUUGGGUCAGGUGUCAUUGUGGCCAUGAGUUUCUCUCCUGGUCCGUCUCGCCCCCCUGGGUGCACCUUUAUCCUGGAGCAGAGAGAACGUUGGGAAAGAAAACGCAACCGGGCAGCUGAAGAGUUGGUGAAGACAGAACAACGCUAUUGCCAGCAGCUUGAACUGGUCACCACUUACUUUGUGGAGAUCUUGAAGGCCAAAGGAACCCUGAGGCAGAACAUUAGAGAAAGUAUCUUCAGUUCAAUUAAAGCCAUUCAUUCAGUAAACCAAUCUCUCCUGGUAAAUUUGGAGAAUGGCUACUUUGGACAAGGCUUCGACCAGUUCUGUCCGCAUCUGCACCUCUACAACACAUAUGUGGACAACAUCUACAAUGCCAGCAAAGUGCUCAGGAUCCAGUUGAAGAAAAACAAGGCCUUCAGACGAUUUAAGAAACUCCAGGAAGCCCGACCAGAGUUCAACAACCAUAAGCUUGAAGACUUGCUUCAACUUCCCAUUCAGCGGAUUGAUCAGUAUAAACAUUUCCUGCAAGACCUGGCUGCAAACACAAGUCCAGACAACCCAGAAUUUCAACAGAUUUCAAGGGCGGUGACUGCGAUAUGUGCGAUGUCCCAGCAGAUCAAGAAAAAUGCAGAGCGCCAUGAGAACCACCUGCAGCUUUGCCGGGUGCAGAAAAUGCUUAAAGGGCGAAAGACAAAGGUGUUGGCUGCAGGGAGGUGGUACUUGCGUGAGGGAUGGCUAAAGAUGGUUCCUCCGAAAGGUGCAGACACCCAGCCCAGGAUGUUCUUCCUAUUCUCCGACAUGCUUCUGCAGGCAAAGCGCUGCAGCCCGUUGCAUCCUACCAACGGAGAAAAGUUUGCCGGUCAGCAUGCCUACCCACUACUGGACUGCACUGUGGAGAAGGUGUUGGGCCACACCAGGAGCCAGGGAGGCCUGCUCAGUUUAACUUUCCCUAAAGCCAAACUCUUGCUGAUGUCCAGCAACCAGGAGGAUCUCAAUGACUGGUACCAAAGCCUUAGCUCAGCUAUCAGAAAGCUGCAGAGUAAGACAGCCGUCCAUCAGAGAGAUGAGGUUCGCCCAAGACCUCUGCACUCAGUUACAGACAAUAGCAACGCACCUAACUGCAGCGGAGACCCCAGCAGGAAGAGAAACGUGGUGAGCACUGAGACCAGCGAGCAGGUUCACAAGGCCUCAGUUACAUGGGAGGGCAGCUCCCCCAAGAGGAUGAAGUUUGAUGCUCCAAAGCAGAGUGGUGCAGAGGCGUCCACUUCCAGUUGUGUGAUCCUCUGAGGACGGCUUCUUCAAACUCCCUGAAUGUGUGUGUUCUAUCCGAGAGUCCAAGUUCCUCCGAAUGGCUUUUGUGUUCCUUUUCGCCAAACAUGACACACAUGCAGCUGUGCUUUUAACAUGUUUAACAAGUCAGGAUUAUUUAAAUUGAUUCAUUAUUAGUUUGGAUUAUUGACAUUUAGAAAGAUGGACAGUGUGUCUCUUCUCUUGUUCUCUCAUUUUGUUUAGCCAGUCUUUUAAACUCAUCUGAAAAUUUAAACAUGAUGUGGUAAACUAAGCUAGCUAUGAUUUGAUGUGUGACUUAUGUUACCACUGGGUGACUUUUGGCUAGCAGCUGUUUAGCUGUCAUUGCCUUCUUCCAAAUAUUUACCUUAACUGUCCUUUUCUCCAGAAUAAAGUUGCAUCUUGUUGUAUUAGCAAACAGAUAAUUUUCCUAAAUUCCAUAUUCGAUGAUAAAAUAACAAUUAUGAUGAACGAAUGUAUUUUAUUUGAUGUGAACUUUGAGUUUUUACCGUGACCCAUGUCCAACCUGCUAACAUGAAGGAGGAGGGUGUUAUGACCUUUACUGGACCCAGCCACCAGGGGGCAAUCAAGGUCUUUUGACUUUACUUUUGGAUAGGUGCUAAAGUAAACUAUGCAGAAAAAUCAGAGCAUAAUAUUCAUGUUAUUACAGGUGGACCGCAGGGCUCGGACAUGGUCCCAUCUUUUAAAAAGUUUAUUUAUUACCCAGACACAUUCUGUGCAUUCCUCAUUGCUAUCAGUGUCCGUAGGGGUUUAUUUUUUACUUUAUUUAUUAUUUCUGUUGCUGCUGUCUGCUCCAGAUACUCAGGCCACAUCACUGUCUGCUCUUCUCUGUACUCUUUCAUACUGACAUGACAAUCUGUCCACAUUUACACUUUCUAGAAUGUCUGAUUUGAUUGAAUGUUUGAUCAACACACACACACAUAUAUUUAUAUACAGCAGUUUAACUCACUCACUCACUUACUGUGGUGAGUUAUAUAUUUUUUAUUAUUAAUUGAAUAAGUGCAAUUAAUCAGCUGCACUGUGUUCAAGGAAUGACAGUCUGUAGUAUGUUAUGUAGAUUUCUGCUUUCACGCAUAAAACCUGGCUAACAUACAUGAGCUUAUACGUAUAUGCUGACUGUCAUAUGUGCUUUGAUUUAUUUCAUAUCUUUUAUUAACAAAAGAUUCUCAGAUAAUAUGUAUUAACACCAUUUUAAAGAUCUGUCUGUAUUUAACAGAAUAGUUUUCAAUAUCCCAUUCUUUUUACUAUUUACUACUAAAUCUGAGAUGGGAAUAAGGGAAAUUUCACAAUAAAAAUCACAAUAAAAGUUA